AUGGCUUGGCCGUGCAUCAGCAGAGUGUGCUGCCUGGCUCGCUUCUGGAACCAGUUCGACAAGUCGGACCUCUCCGUGCCGCUGACCAUCCAGAACUACUCGGACAUCGCCGAGCAGGAGGUGCGAUCGGUCACCAAGCAGGUCUCCAACUUGGAGCGCGCGCCCGGGAACGACUACUCGGCCCCGGAGCCGCGCGCCCGCGGGUCCCCGCACGCGCCCGCGGACGCGCCUGCGGGGACCCGGGGGUCGUUCAGGGGACGGAGGGAGCCCAGCUACAAGCCCCGGGACGACUACCACCCGCCCGGGGUGCCUUUCACCAGCGUCACGCAGUACAAGCAGGAUUUCAAACCCUGGCCCAUUCCCAGGAAGGAGAACUUCCCCUGGAUUAACAACGGAGGGGGCGGCGGAGGGGGGGUUCCGGACAGCCACCAGGUCCAGCCCGGGGAGAGCCGGGCUGACCGGGAGGAGCGGGCCAGGGGCCACAGAUGGGGGGAGCAGCAGGGGAUGGAGGAGAGCAACACCAGCUCCUACAGGCAAGAGUACAGGCCGUGGACAGGGGCCAAACCAGCCAAAAGCGUGAGGAGAAACCCCCCCGCUCAGUACUCCAGCCCGGGGACGGAGGCCGCCGACAUCCCGCGCGAGACCAGCUACCAGGCCGCCUUCAGCGGGGACGGAGGCCGGUCAGCAAGUGUUUGCUCACCGGCCGCUCCCACCAUCCAACCUCCCCCCCCUGUUUCCAAGUACGGCCUCCAGCAGAGCAUCCUGCCCCAGAGGACCGAGUCCAGCGGAGCCAAGGGAGAGGUGAGCGCCCUCAAGUCCAGGACCUGUUUUAUAUGCAUGUUGAAACACUUGAAGGCUCGUGGCUCCGUGUUCAAACCGCCACACGCUGUUCAACGAACUCAUCUUUUCCCGUCUCCCGAGCAUCUGGUGAGGACCAAACUCCCCCCGAACCCUUCUGCUGUCUUUCAAAGUGGGUCGAGGGUCUUUAACAUCUGA